CCACAGUUCAUUAAUACCUUUUCUCGACCUUCAAAUGGUUAUCAUCCAAUGGCUACCGCUGGUGGUGGUGGUGGUGGUGGUGGUGCUGGCGGUGGGCCUAUGCCAAUGAAUGCCUAUCCUCCUCAACACAUCCCACAACAGCAAUCCCUUCCUCCCCAACAACAACGACAAUUCAUUCCAGCACAAAACGUCCCUCAACAACAUCAAUUCCAAAUUUCACAACAGCAACAAUACCACCAUCAACAACAAUUGUACCAACAACAACAGCAGCAACGUCAACAACAACCAAGAGCAGCAGCAGCAGCCAGACCCAAACGUCCAACGCGAAAUGUGAAAAAGAAGGUCACGUAUGACGAAUCAUCCGACGACGAAGAGGAGGAUUUGGCCUUUCUGGAAGAGGAAUCUGAACAAUCGGAAGAAAGCGAGUUUGAGGAUGACGAGCCUGUUGUCAGUUUGAAAAAGAAGGGAAAGAAGGGUCCACAAGCGACGAAUGCGACCAUUGAACCAGAAGAAGUUGUUGUUAUUCCUAUUGGAACAAAGGUGUUUGAGAAAAUCCUAGAUUAUCGUCAGAAUGAGGAAACGGAUCAAGAUGAAUUGUUGGUUAAAUACAAGAACAUGAGUUUCCAUCACGUGGAAUGGGUUCCUCUGAAACGCAUUGAAGGCGAGCAUCUAGGCAAGCAUCGUGUCAAGAAGUUCUUGCAAAAGUGGAAUCAAGAUGGCCAACGUGGCGAAGACUUUAGAGAUCAUUUGAAGGUGGACCGUGUCAUUGAUGAGGGUGAGUUGCAAGACCCGGCUUCAGGAGAAACCAAAAUCUUCUUCCUUGUCAAAUGGAACGGUCUUUUCUAUGAUGCCAGUACUUGGGAAACAGAAGAGGAUUUGCGAAAGAUCGAUGCUCUCAAAAUCGACGAGUUCCAUCAAAGACGUCAAAUCCCGCAAGAAAAACUAGCCAAUUCACCACCACGUCCUACGCCCAUGACACCAUUCCAACACUAUGAUCAGUCGCCCGAUUAUCGCUACACCAACGAGCUUCGAUCAUACCAGUUGGAGGGUCUAAACUGGCUACGCUUCUGUUACCACAACUAUCGCUCAUGUAUCUUGGCCGAUGAAAUGGGCCUUGGCAAGACCGUACAGUCUGUUGCGCUCCUCAAUGACAUUUACUACACUUUGGGCAUUCGUGGUCCAUUCUUGAUUGUUGCACCAUUAUCAACUGUGCCUCAUUGGAUUCGUGCAUUCAAUGCAUGGACUGAGCUCAACGUGAUCGACUUCCGUGGUAGCAAUCAUGCACGCAGCUUGAUUGUUGAGACGGAGUUUUACUAUAAGGAUAUGCAAGGCGCCAUCAUCCCCAACCGAUACAAGUUUGAUGUCCUUGUUACGACUUAUGAAAUGGCUUCCGCUGGUGCAUCAUUGCUACGUGAAGUUCAAUGGAAGGCAGGCGUGUUUGAUGAAGCCCAUCGAUUGAAGAACAAGCAAUCUAAAGUAUUGGAAAUCCUCAAAACCUUUUACAUUGAGCACAAGCUUCUGUUGACGGGUACACCACUGCAAAACAACCUCGACGAACUCUACAGUUUGCUCAACUUUAUGCAACCCGAAGUCUUCAAUGAUGAGCGACUCUUCUUUGCAGAAUUCGGAACACUGCAAACGGCUGCUCAAGUCGAACGUCUGCAGGCAUUAUUGAAACCAAUCAUGUUGCGACGUUUCAAGGAAGAUGUUGAAAAGACAAUUCCUGUCAAGGAAGAAACUGUGAUCGAAGUCGAACUGACCAACCCUCAAAAGAAGUGGUACCGAGCGAUUCUGGAAAAGAACUUUAGUUUCUUGAAGAAGAAUGCCAAGACCAACAAGGAAAUGCCACACUUGCGCAACAUCAUGAUGCAGUUACGCAAGUGCUGUAUUCAUCCGUAUCUUUUGGAAGGUGCCGAAGAAGUGAUCCUGUCUGAAUGUCAUGCAAGUGUUCCUCGGGAACAAUUCAACUGCUUGGUCCAAUCUUCUGGUAAACUGGUGCUGAUCGACAAGCUUUUGAGAAAGCUGAUCAAAGGCAACCACAAGGUUCUGAUUUUCUCCCAGUUUACAAGCUGUCUCGAUAUUUUGGCAGACUAUUUACGUGGUCGCAGCUACGCUUACGAGCGGAUCGAUGGUAGUGUUCCUGGUGAUCAACGUCAAGCAGCCAUUGAUCGUUUCACUACCCUUCCGAUCCAAGAGUCAUUCGUGUUCUUGUUGUGUACCAGAGCUGGUGGUGUUGGUAUCAACUUGACUGCUGCCGAUACGUGUAUCAUUUUCGACAGCGAUUGGAACCCUCAAAACGAUUUGCAAGCCCAAGCGCGUUGCCAUCGUAUCGGUCAAACAAAACCUGUUCAGAUCUAUCGUCUUAUUUGCCGCAACACAUAUGAAAAAGACAUGUUUGAUCGUGCCGGUAUCAAGUUGGGUCUCGACAAGGCUGUAAUGCAACGAUCCGGCGUCGCUACUACCGAUGAUAGCGCUGGCGGCUCGAGCAAGAACGAACUGUCCAAGAAGGAAAUUGAAGACUUGUUGAAGAAGGGUGCUUAUGGUGCUAUGCUCGAUGAUGAGGCCAGUACCAAAUUCUGUGAAGAAGAUAUUGAUCAGAUUCUCGAGCGACGUACUACCGUUAUCCGCCACGAAGGCAAUGAAAAGGGUUCCGUUUUUUCAAAGGCUACAUUCUCUGCCACCGAAGACAGCGUGAGUGUCGAAAUUGACGAUCCCGACUUUUGGGAAAAGUGGGCAGCAAAAGCAAACAUUGAUGCUGCAGAGGAAGUCGACGAGAACAAUCUUAUUGUGUACGAACCUCGACGAAGACGUACCGUUCAACGCUUUGGUAGCCGUCCUAUCGAUGGCUCGUACUCAUCCAACGACAAUGCCGAAGAUUCAGAUGCGUACGAAGAGGAGCAGGAAAAGACGCGAAAGAAGGACCAAACGCGGGCAUGGAGCUUAUCGGAAAAGACCAAAUACGAGCGCAAGCUCAUGAUUUAUGGCUACGGUCGUUGGGAUUUGAUGAAGCCCCAUUUCCCGCGUCGAUCUGAGAAGGAUCUGAAAUCAGUCACGCGUGCCUUGAUGCGCAAGGUUGUGCCUACCAUCGAACCCAACAACGAAGAGGAUCGCAAGCUGGUGGACGAUAUCGACCAGAUUCUGGAAUCCGAUUGUCGAGACGAAGUCCGUGGUGAUCGCACGGUUCCAUAUUCGGGUGCUACCAAAAAGCAAAUCACCGAGUUUCGGUCAUUCCUUGAUCAAGCUCCGGCUGAGUACGUUGAACAUAUCGAGCGUAAAGGUCGUAACUUUUUGUUACGUAUCCAAAUGCUGUAUUUGAUCCGCGAUAAGAUUGUGCCUAAACGUUGGGAGGAUGCCAAGGAGUUGACAAUUCCCAAGGUUACUGGCUCUGCUCCUGCUCCAUGGUGGGGUGAUGAUGAGGACCGUGAUCUCCUGCUCGGGAUCUGUAAGCAUGGUUACCAACAGUACCUUGCUAUGCGCAAUGACUCGGAGUUCUGUUUCUAUGGCCGCAAAUACGACGAUAGUCGUGCUGGUUCACUUGAGGAUGAGGAUUCGGCUCCUAUCAGCAACGGCAAGAAGGAGGAAGCGACGCCUGAAGUUGAAGAGAAGGAAGACGAGGAUGAUGAACGACAGGUCUAUGUCUGGCCUUCCAAAGCUGAUAUUGGUAUGCGCUUGCGCCGUAUCAUUGCUGCCUUCCUCCGUGAACAGGCCAACGAUGCCAGAAAGCGCAAGGUCCAAGAAAAAGAGCAAAAGAAGGAACGUGACCGCAAGUCCAGAGCCAAGGAACGUGAAUCGCGACAGGCACAAAGAGCGCGUGCCAAGCAGCAAGAAAUCUCGAAUCGAUGGACGAAAAAGAACAAGGCCGACUUUUUGCGUACCAUCUUGUCUUUUGGUCUCGAAACGCAUCCAGACGAAACCGAUGUACAAUGGGGUCGUUUCAAGGAAAUUGCUGGGCUAGAGAAAAAGACGGACGAGUCGUUGGAUCUGUACCUGCAAAAGUUCUUGGCGUCGUGUGAGGAGACGCUGAAACGGCCAAAGCCGGAGCAAGAGAAUCAGAAAGCAACGGGUAACCAUGACGAUGACAACGGCACCGGUGGUGCCAGCGUCAAGGCUGAAGAAGAUUCUGCCUCCCCUGAACCAUCGCAACAGGUCAAGUCUUUACAAGCAGCUCAAGAUAACAACAACAAUUUGACAAGCCGUGAUUCGAGUGUCGAGCCUCCACAGUCUCCUCCGCCAGCGCAGGAUGACAAGCAUGCUGGUGAACGCGAAGAGCUUGGUGAUGCAGACUUGGUGCCUUAUGACAAGGCUCGACGUGCACUGAAGCGUAUAGAACAAAUGAAGACGAUCCGUGAAAAGGUGAUGGUUAACCCUGAGCUUGAUUCGCUCUUGGCAAAUGCUCGCAAGACGUCAGGAUUGCCAAACUGGUGGGAAGUGCCGCGCCAUGACAAGGGUCUCCUUCAAGGCAUUUGCACGCACGGCAUUGGUCGCCACGACUUGUUGAUCAACGACCCAGAACUUCCAUUUUACGACAGCAAGCAAAAGAUCAUGGAACAGGACGGUGACAUUGGCGUAGGCGAAAAUACAGAUACUGUCAUGGACAAGCUGCAGUGGCCCAAAGAUCUAGUCAUUGCACGACGUAUUGAUGCAUUAUGCGACCUUGUUCUUAACCCGAAAUCGCACUCAAAACGAUUCAAGGGUGGCCGUAAGCGCAAGGCUCGAUUAAUAUUACCAGCAGGGUCAGGAGGAGGAGGAGGAGCUGAAAUGCCAAAGCGAUCCUUGAAAGGAGGCAAUAACACGACGAACUCCAAAUUAAAACUGACUGUCAAGGAGCCAGAAGAAAGCAGUAGUAAGGACACGGGUUACAAUAGCAACGACUUGUCUUCUGGUUUGGAUUACAGCGACGAUAGCGGUGAAGAUACGGAUACGAUUCUGGAAGAAGCAACACAACGGAUGCGCAAGCGUUACAAGGGAAACAAUGAUCAUUCUGAACAACAGCAACCAUCAUCAUCAAUAGCACCAGCACCAGCACCAGCAUCAUCAUCAUCAUCACCACCACUACCGAAGCCGCCACAAUCAUCAUCGUCAUCACAGCGUCAAGUAGCUUCCUCCGAGUCUUCUGACGAGAAGCAUUCUGUGGUCCCUGAAGCCGAUAUUAUAUCCGCUGCAGAUGAUGAUGAUGACUACUCGACUGAUUCUGAUGACCAAGACGAAGAUGUACACAUGCGCGAUAAUGAUGAAUUUUAAAGAGACAACACACCCACACACACACACACACACACCCAUUGUAUCAUAGACGACAACUUUUCCAAUUGAAACCUUGAAAUAUAACCCUUUCCCUCCCUCAUCCCUUUCUUCCCUCAAACCUAACCCAUACACACACACACACGACUUUUUCCUUAUAGUAGCUCCACAUUCUGUGCUUGUUUUGCGUUUUCCCUUCUUUUUCUUUUAUAUUUUUCCAAAUUAUACAUAUAUAAAUUUCUCUUUUUCUUUUCUAACAAAAAAAAAAAAAAAA